CCGUAACAGCCGCACUUUGCAGCCCCGCUUCUUACCGUCAUUACCAGCGCAAUCUUAAACCUACUGGCCAGCACGCCAUGUCCUAAAUCUCCAACACCUGCUUCCCCCCCCCGCCCCCGUUAACGCUAAGAAAGCUUGUAGAAGCGCAGCCUCCCGGAUUAGUGUUUCGAUUCCAAGCGGCACUUUUGGACGCAGGGUUAUACACUUAAAACUUCUUCUUUCACAGGUGACCAUGGCCGCACCGGCUGCUCUGAUUCCCCCGACUCCCUUGGUUCUUACUCCUCCGAUCUCAACUUCUCCGGCGACGACCACCUUGCCGUCGCCAUCUCCUACCGUCGCUCCUCCCGGACACCAGUUUCGAUCGGAGCUUACUACCAUCGCCGGCAGCUCCCAAGCCGGCAAACCGGUGUAUGCGACUCCAUCUCCCGUUGAAAAUACUCCACAGAACAACGAGUGCAAAAUGGUAGAGAUGAGAGGAGCAAAGGUUGCAUCUUUCACGGUGGAGGGCUGCGAGCUCAUCUGUCUUCCGCAGGCUUUCGACCUGUUUCUCAAGCACCUGGUCGGCGGGUUGCACACCGUCUACACCAAGCUGAAGAGGCUGGAGAUCACGCCGGUGGUGUGCAACGUGGAGCAGGUGCGCGUCCUGCGCGGACUCGGCGCCAUUCAGCCCGGAGUCAAUCGCUGCAAACUCAUAUCUAGGAAAGACUUCGAGAUCCUGUAUAACGACUGCACCAAUGCCAGUUCCAGGCCAGGAAGGCCCCCAAAAAGGUCACAGAGUGUCUCAUCGCAAGAGAGUCCGCAUAUCAUGCUGAACUCGGUACCCAGUCUUAUGUCAUCAGCUGUCAUUCCACCAGCAGGUCUCACAGCUUCAGCUGCCACCAGUGCGGUGAUCUCUGAAGCCAUGAAAGUAAAGAAGAUCAAGCUGGAGAUCAUGAGCAGCUACCAGAGUGGCGGUAAAUACCAUGGUGCCGACUCAGAGAAUGGAGACCUUAGCUCCAGUGUUGCAAGCUGGCGCUGUCCCUUAGGCCUGGAGCAGCCCUUCAUGAUGAUGCCCCACCCUCUCAUCCCGGUCAGCCUGCCUCCUGCCUCCGUCACCAUGGCGAUGAGUCAGAUGAACCAUCUCAACACCUUUGCUAAUAUGGCUGCAGCUGUUCAGGCACAGAGCGCGCCAUCCCGAAUGGUCACGUCUGUGAUAAAGGAACGCACCCCAGGUAGCCCAUCUCCCGCCCCCUCCGUGGAAGACCGCAGGAGACCCGGUAGCCAGGCGUCUUCUCACCAGAGCACGAGUGUGUCCACCUCCCCCGCCCACACAGAGAGCUCCUCCGACAGAAUCCCUGCGCAUCAGAAUGGACUCUCCAUGAACCACAUGCUUCUGAGAUUGUCUCCCAGCGUCGUCCCAAUGCCAAAGGAAGGCGAUCUGGCCACUCACAAUGUCGGACAAGAGACGAAAGUAACCGAAACUGAAAAAGGCUAUGAUGAGGCUCCCCUGUGCCCCCCGGAGGUGAGGGACUGCUAUGACAGGCUGUGUCUACCUGGACAGGCACUGCCCCCCGGCUUCCCCUCCCCCCACAUCUGUCCCGACGGCCUGUCCUCCAUCGAGACACUACUAACAAACAUACAGGGGCUUCUGAAGGUCGCCAUCGACAGUACCCGAGCGCAAGAAAAACAGGUGCAGCUGGAGAAGACUGAGCUGAAGAUGGAGCUGUAUCGAGAGAGGGAGCUUCGGGAGGCGCUGGAGAAACAUUUGGCGAUGGAGCAGAAAAACAGAGCAAUCCUUCAUAAACGCUUAAAAAAGGAGAAAAAGACAAAGAGGAAGCUACAGGAAGCACUGGAGUACGAGUCCAGAAGGCGAGAUCAGGUGGAGCAGAUGCUGAAGCAGACGCCACAAACGCCGAGCCUGAGAUCUGCAAAUGACUCGCUGACCCAAGACAUUGAGAUUGAACACAGUAGCAGCAGAACAGAUGCUGAAAGGACAAUACAAGAUGGGAGACUCUAUAUGAAAACAUCAACGAUGUACUGACUCAGCUGUGAGUACAACAGAGAGUAAUCUUUGAAGAAAACUAUAGGAAAACGUCAAUGAUGUACUGACUGAACUAUGACGAGUGAGUACAACAUAGAGUAUCCUUUGAAGAAGACUAUCUGAAAACAUCAACGAUGUACUGACUCAGCUCUGAAGAGUGAGUGCGACGUUCAGUGUCAUUCGAAGGAGGCUAUCACAAAAACAUCAACAAUGCACUCACUUGGCUCUGAAGAGUGAGUACAGCGUACUUUGAAGGAGACUAUCACAAAAGCAUCAACAAUGUACUCACUUGGCUCUGAAGAGUGAGUACAGCGCACAGUAUCAUUCGAAGGAGACUAUUGCAAAACAUCACUGAUGUACUAACUUGGCUUUAAAGAGUUCGUACAGCAUACAGUAUCAUUUGGAGGAUACUCUCAUGGUCUCUCUGAGAUACUCAUUCAGAGGAUACUCUCAGUCAUGGUUAUAGUAGCACCCUCAGCUGUACGGAAGGUUAUGUUUGAAAGCCAAGGGCAUCCUGCAAAUGGAUGUAGAGUGAGUGCGCUUUUCCUGUAAAUAGAAGAACACUAAAGUCUGUUUUUUGAAAUCCACCGUAUGCCAUAUGACAAUUUCCUGUUCGGAAGACUAAAACAGUUUGAGAACAUGAGAAAUAUCAGGGCUCAAAUGAUUAGCAGUUUAGAUUUUUACAUUGCAUCCUGAACAGAAAAGGUUUUGGUUUAUCUUUACAGUCUAGCUACUACCCCUACUACACCUACUACCCCUACUACACCUACUACACCUACUACCCCUAGCACCAUGCAAAACCAUGGGUUUCAUGAGAAAGUACAGUCAAUUUUACAGUGCAGUGAUGAAAUGGACACAAGUAGUAGUUCAACGAUGCAUUUUCUAAAUUAUAAACUCAGAUCAUAUUUUUUUUGCUACUGCUGUAUAUAUCAGAUGAAAAGUAAUGCUGAUUGUCACAGUUGGUAUGUGUGUAUAGAACUAGAGGACAUUUUUAUGUGUGUAGUACAAUUACUAAGGAAAAAAUGUGUAUAUUGAAUAUAUUUAUUUUCUAUUAUCUUUAUUACUUUUAUCUUUUUAAAAUAGCUGCCAUUUUGUCAGGAUGCAUGCAGGCAUGUCAAUGUCCACAAAUUUUAAUGAUUCAUCAAUUAUGCUGCAUAAUAAAUUAAUACAGUAUAGGACUGAUUUGACCCAGCUCAAAAUUCACUUCAUAGUCGUCCUAUUGCUUGGAUUUUUCUCUUUUUUUUGGAAGUUUCUUCUGUAUUUUGUUUCAGCUUAUGCUUUAAUAUAAUUUACGACGAACAUUUACAACAAAAACAUGAAAUAUUGUUUGCUGUUCUACUGAAAAUUGGACAACAUAUUUGAUCAAAUCUACCAUUGUAGGACAGCUUUUGGUGACCAGCAUCCAAUUCCCAGCUUAUUCAUAGUCAGUAUACGAGUCGGUGUUUUAUUUUACAUAUUUAACCCUUUCACUGCAAAGUUAUAUAUGAAAUAUGAUCAUUUAUAUGAAAUAAUACCCUUAUACUGUGAAUUGUUUGCCAAAUAUAUAGUGUGAGAGCCAGCUUAUCAUGUGAGCUGUAUUUACAAGAAUAACAUACCAAAACUGGCCUCAGUACAAAUCAUACCAUUUUACCUCUUUUACAGUGGGUAUACACUGUAUAGUCCACUUGUUCCAUAGCCUCUUAUCCAUUACUCUCCCUUUUUUGUGUUUGUCUUUAAGCAACAAUAAAACACUCAAUAUUGGUUAAAUAUAGGUACAUUUAGCCAAUUUUAUUCAUAGACAAAGUACUUUUAAAUCUUGUUAAUUUCUGUAAAAUGCACCCCUGAAUGUUGGAGCCUUUCCCACGGUUGAAAUACUGCACUGCAGAAGAAACGAUGAGUGGGUGGGUGUUUGAAAGGGUGAAUAACUGAAACUCUGAUCAUUUAUCGUUAUUUAACGUUAUAUAUGCAUUGAAAGGGUUAAGUUAAAAAUCUGCACGUGACAUUGAAAAUAGCAACAAUCUGCUCUUAAAAUUUUCUACGCUCCGGGAUUUACAUUUCAAGCGGCUAAGCAUGCUGUGUUUAAAACUGUCCUUUUGGUCAAUGUUAUAUAUGAAAUGAAGUCUCAGUCAGUCAAAUCCAUGUUUCAAACAUGAUAAAAUUUCCAGCAAUGCCAGUAAUAUACAAAUACAAAGAAGAUAAAACUUAUGGAUUCAUGGCUUUAAACUGUGGGUCUAGAGUAUUGGGGAUAUUGCUAACUAUGUUUAAUUGCAAUCAUUAAUUUUGCAGAGUAAUGGCAUACUGUAAUUCCUAAAGAUAAUCAUGUGAGAUCUUACAUUUUGUAAGGCACUGGGCAGCUACUUUUAAUUUCAUGAUUAUCAUUGUCAUAUAAUUAUUACUAUUAUUUUUUAACCUUAAUUUUUUUUUGUAAGUUAAUUGAACUCUAAUGUGACCGUCACACUAUCUAAUGAGCCCAAUGUAUUUUUUUAUUUGCAAUCUUUUAUAUAAAUAACUCUAUGCUUAAAAUGUACACAGUUACAGGAUGUAUGAUGGUAUUGCUCUCCUUCCAUUUGUAUUAACGUGCAAGGAUGUCUGUGUGUUUAAAGAAUACUUAAUUUCGUUAUUUCGAAUUGUGAGUUCAGUUUAUGUGUCUGUAUGAAUGUGGGAUUUUGAAUGAAUGUGUGCAUGCAUGCAAUUGUUUGCAUGCGUGCAUGUGCUAUAUAAGUUACUGUUACUCCAAAACGAAAUCAGAAAUAAAAAUAC